AUGAGGUCGAGAACUAUUCUAAUAUUAUGUAUUGCUAUGCAAUUGUUAAGUAUUGCCCUGGCGAACUAUUGUGCGGCAAAUUUGUGUCCUAACGGCAAGAAACAUAUUGCCUGUAAUAAUAAUGGGAAAUUUGUUAAGACUUGUCCAAAAGAUGCUGCCAUGGUACAAAUUGGAUCCAAAUUGAAAAACAUCAUAGUCAAUGCUCACAACAACAAACGUAACAUUAUCGCUGGCGGCAAGGUGGCCAAUUUUAAGCCAGCCUGUCGUAUGGCCUCAAUGAGAUGGGAUCCUCAAUUGGCCAAAAUCGCAUCGUACAAUGUACGACAGUGUAAAAUGGCCCACGACAAAUGUCGCAACACACCAAAGUAUAGAUUUUCGGGACAAAAUUUAUUCUGGAAAUCAUUCACGGGCAAACCGAAUAAAGCUCAGCUAAUGCAAGCAGCUGUCAAUGCCUGGUAUGCAGAAUAUAAAAAUACUAAAUGGGCGCAAAUUCAAUCGUAUCCACCAAACUAUAAGGGACCAGCCAUUGGCCAUUUUACCGCCAUGAUGGGUGAACGUAACAUUGCCGUGGGUUGUGCUGCCUCCACCUACUCCACCAAAGGUGUUAAGUAUAAAACGUUUUUAGUUGCCUGCAACUAUGCCACAACCAAUAUGAAUGAUAAACCUAUCUAUAGAGAUUGUGCAAGACCAGCUGUCCAAUGUAAAGUCGGCGUUAACUCGAAAUAUAAAAAUUUAUGUGCACCCAAAGAGGCUUACAAUGUCAAUAAAUGGUGA